AUGCAAGAAGCGCCCGAGUCCACCGACCGGUUUGAUCACCGAGACGACCUUUGGGGCGUCCUUCAACCCUGCAGCGCGUACUUCAAUACUAUCGAGCUAUACAAGCUUCAACCCGAGGUUUUCGUCGGUCAGAAUUUUGAGCAGAAAAAGGUUGUGCUCCCUGGUCUCCGAGUUAGUAAUAAUCACUGCACGAUCACUUGGGAUGGCCGGACUGAUGAGAAGUCGACUGUCAUGGUGACUGAUACCUCCACCAACGGUACUUGGAUUAACGGAGAAAAAAUCAAGAAUGGGGGAAGUCGGCCUCUGCGUGACGGGAACGAAAUCGCCUUUGGACAGCUCAUAUCGACUGAGCCGCUGGAAGAUUAUCGCUACAUUUAUAGACACCUCGCCUGCGUUCCUCCCGCGCGCAGCCUCGAGGCCUCCUACAAACUCACAUGUCCACUUGGCCAUGGGGCAUUCGCCACUGUGAUGAAGGCGUUUUCACGCGCAACACGCCAAUGUUACGCCGUCAAAAUCAUCGAAGCACGAAAACUCAAGCGUCUACGAACGAUGUACAGGAACAAACAGUUCUCAAAGGAGGUCAAUAUUCUCUCAAGCCUUCGACACGAUAAUAUAUGCCAGCUCAAGGAGGUUUUUUACCAAGAAGCGGACAUCUGUUUGGUCCUCGAGUUCGUGGACGGAGGGACGCUGUCGGACUAUAUCCGCACACAAGGACCUCUCAAAGAAAGUACGGCACGUCACAUAACGUUCCAAAUUAUCGACGCCGUUAGCUAUGUUCACUCCCAAGGUAUUGUUCACCGUGACCUGAAGCCCGACAACGUGCUUCUUACAUCCGCUGAGCCUCCCAUUGUUAAAGUCGCUGAUUUUGGUGUCGCGAGGGCUAUAGAUGAUAAAACUCCCUUAACGACGUUUUGCGGUACACCUAUGUAUGUUGCCCCUGAAGUCGCAAAACAGAAGGACCGGACAGGGUAUAACAACCUCGUCGACUCGUGGAGCGUUGGGGUCAUGCUUUUCUACAUGUUGACGGGUCGGGCACCAUUUUUCGUGGAUCGAUUUGCGACGGACGACUUGGCCCGUGUUGCAAAGCGUAAAGUGGAUUGGAAAAUCCUCCAGGGCGCUCGGCCCAGCAAGGAAGCUGAACAUUUGAUCUGUAGUUUACUUCAGUAUCAUCCAGCCCAGCGAAUGGCGCUGUCGGAUGCAAAAUCUCAUCCUUGGUUCGCUAAACACGAGCCCACACGGACUUAG